GUCUAUUUUGUAAAGAAUUGAUAUUAAGAGCGUGUAAAAAGCGUCAUGAUUAUAACAAUAUUAUCAAUUACUAGUAAUAAAAUUUGGCCAACUAUAUCAAUAAAAUCAAUUGAACUACACUCAAUUGAAUUAUUCAAACUUGUUUUAAGAAGUUGUUUUAAGAAGUUUCAAGAAUAUGAAGGAUAUUUUCCUAUUAUAAUUAAGACCAUAAUUUACUUCAAUUAUUUUAUAUUAGUUAAUGCUUACGAUUGGAGAAAAAAUUAAUUUUAUUUAUUAUAAUUAUUAUGGCCACGUGUGUUGUGAUGUGCCACAAGUGCCCACACCCCCACACCUCAUCAUCUUCCCUUCCUCUGUUCUCUUUAACUUUCCCUUCAAUCAUCAUCUACAUUUCACCACCACCCAAUUUCUCUGUCAAUUCUACUCGCUUUCUCUUUUCAUUUCCUUCCUUUGAUUUCACUUUCCAAGUUCACUAAUUCGUGAUCAAACGCAAGGCCCAACCAAACGAAUUGGCUGACCAAAUCAUCAACCCCCAUCCAAUUUCAUGCUAGCUGAUCCCCAACUUCGUCGAUAUAUUCUGUUCAAAAUCUCCGCCAACUUGUACGGCGUCUCGAACUUCAUCGGCCGCCAUGGUUAUCCGUUCCUUGAACCUCGACGAGGCCAUCGCCAAAAACAGGAGCCUCCAAAAAUUAUAGCCACGAUCCCCGUGAACCCCAAAGAAUCUGAUACCACUUGAUCUCCCAUCUUCCAAUUGGCCGUUCUACUUAUUUUGCAUAUGGGAAAAAUCGCGCUCCGGAAAUUUAAAAUCGCGCUCUGAGAAUUAAUAAUUCGCGAACUGUCUAUGAAUUUUGGGAAAUCCGCGCUUUUAGCGCUCUAGAGCGGGAGCGCAAUGCCCAACCCAACGAAUUGGGUAACCUAAUGGCAGCCUCCUUCUAAUGAUGACUGGAUCGCUUCGACUCGAAGAUAAUUCCCCCAAGAUAAUUUUACCAGCGAUACUUUUUAAACUAUGAUUCGAUUAUUUUAUACCGGUAGAAUUAUUUACCAUAUUGAGUUUCAGUAGGUGGUAUCUCCCGUUGGAAUCAAGCAUUGUAAAAUUAUAUAAGGUUUCAUCGAAAGUCAGUGAUAUAAUAUUUUGUGUUUAAACCAUGAUUCAAUCAUUUUAUACAUGUAGAAUUAUCUACCGGAUUGAGUUUCAGUAGGUGGUAUCUCCCGCUGUACCGACUGGUUGAAUUAGUAUGAAAUUUAAUGGUUGUAUUAGCUUUGUCUUGAGUGAAAGAUGAAGGAUUUUUUUUUUUGUCCGACAAUCCUGUUUAUCUUGUGCUUCCUCACAAUGAUAGUUAGUGGAGACAAAUUCCUUCCACCUAAUGAAGAUACUAUUUUAGUAUUCUCAUUUCAUUACACUAGUGGAUCCUUUUCACCUCUGUAGCUGUCUAGCGAAUUUACAGUCUCAUGUGUUGCUUUUGGAGAAGGAAAUUUUAUAGCUGUCUACCCGACGAGAAAAGCCUCUUUGUAAAAUCAAGUUUUUUGGGCCCAUUCGAAGCCCAAAUAUCAGGUAUCGGUAAGGUAAAAGCCCGUUUAGAUGCAGGCUCCUCGUCCAAUUCUCUGGCGGCCUCACUCACUUCCCACUUGCGACACGUUGGCCCUCUUCUCACUGCCGAAAGAAAACCUCAGAAUUUCAGAGAACAAUUAUCACUCAGAGAAUCAAGCAGUCGUCCUGCCCUGUGUUAAAGUAAAUCCAUGGCUUCCGCAGUAGUUAGACGAGCAAAGCCGUCGGCUUUCAAGUCCGCGGUCGACGCAGGCCUCCGAAUCGCAGGAUCUUCGAGGUCCUACGCCAAGGUCGCCGUUGGUGCCGAUUUGGUCUCGGCAGCACCCGAUGUGGCCCUCCAGAAGGCUCGCAGCUGGGACGAGGGCGUCUCUUCCAAAUUCUCAACUACCCCUCUCAAAGACAUUUUCAAGGGCAAGAAAGUUGUCAUCUUUGGCCUCCCAGGUGCAUACACAGGAGUUUGCUCCCAGCAGCAUGUCCCGAGUUACAAAAAGAACAUCGAUAAGUUCAAGGCUAAAGGGAUCGAUUCAGUCAUUUGUGUGGCCGUUAAUGAUCCUUAUACAAUGAAUGGAUGGGCAGAGAAACUUGAAGCUAAAGAUGCUAUCGAGUUCUAUGGAGAUUUUGAUGGGAAAUUUCACAAGAGUUUGGAGUUAGAGAAGGAUCUAUCUGGUGCUUUGCUUGGACCUCGAUCCGAAAGGUGGUCGGCAUUUGUUGAAGAUGGAAAAGUUAAGGUCCUUAAUGUCGAAGAAGCGCCGUCGGACUUCAAGGUCUCUGGUGGAGAGGUUAUUCUAGAACAGAUAUGAAUGGUUGUGGGUUUAUGAACAUCAUAACUCAUAAGAACUAAGAAGGGUUGGAAUAACACGCUCAGCUGCUGCUGAUGAAUGAUGUUGAACCUGUGCGCAGUUUGGAUGGAUAAUUUUGGUGUUUCUGAGAAUGGAUGUUUUGUUUCAUUCCUGAAAUAUGUUAGGCAACUCGGUUUCUGGGUAGUUUAAGCAAUACUUUUGAGAAUCAACCUAGUGGUUCUUUCUUCAUCCCUUCAAGGAUACCAAUUUUUUUUUGCUUGAAAGCUGCACACUGAUGCAGUGAAUAUCCCAAACUCAACUUGCUUGCUGACCAAAUACCGGUGUUUAAUGUUUGUGAAUGAUGGGUUUGAUAUCUAGGUUUAAUUUCUGUAAGAGUUUGCCUCUAUGGAGAAGGAAAAUAAGCAGGGAAAAGAAACAAAUCAACAGAUCACACAGGAAUCCACCUCAAGUAAAAUUAUUUACAGAUUCACUCUUAAUCAUCGCCACAACAGCUCCCGAGCAUGAGGGUAAGUAGGCAGCAGCAUAACUUGCACCCUUGCCAGCUUAUCUCUGAUACAAAAUAGAUACAAAAUCGUCAAUGGAAGAAGAGUAGGUAUGCAAUUUAUAAAAAAAAAGGAGAAGGGUUUUAACUAAAAGUUGUACCCUGUGGUUGUGCAAUAUUAAAGUUGGCGGCUGACGAUGAAGCGUUGAAAGCCGCCGCCGGGCUGCAGGUCGAUGUCACCGGCGGCGACGGAGCAACGAGAGGCGGAUAGUGAACUGGUCUGGUGCCAUUCAUCGCCGUGGGAGAAACUAUCAAUAGCAUGAUUGCCGUUACUACUGCCUUAUUAUUAUUAGUGACGAACAUGUUUUGAUUAUGUUUUUUUUAUGAUUAAUUUGGUCAUUUGUAAGGCUAGUGCAUGUCUACUUAUAGAGCCUAAUGAUCUGAUUAUCAUUUUUAUAAUAAUCAAAUCAGCAUUUCCCGGCAAGCAAGUUUUGUUUCUUUGUUUCAUUGUUGUCCUCACCUGAACUGCCCUUGUGCGUGCCGACAAGGGGUUGUGGGCAGUGAAACUCUGAACCUCGUCAUUUGUAGUUCUGGUGAACCUCUUAUGUUUGAUCUUUUCCUUUUGGUUUUGUAGAUAGCCGAGGAUCAAAAAAGGCAGCGGAUAAAGCUACGUAAAUACUAAGUAAGCAGUGAAAUGAUCGAUUCGAUAGGCAACUAGUAGAUGAACGAUUUAGGGGUUGUGUGUUAACUCAUCUGGAUGUGUCUUUUUGUUUGGGGUAUUUGCAAUGAAACAACAAUUGAAAUGAAUGAAUCAUGUUUGGAGAAUUUCUCUUGUUAUUUUGAUGUGCAGGAAUAUAAUUAGAGGUGGAAAACAGUUUAAUCCGAUCAAAUUGGACCGUCUCGAGUUAUUGAGACCAGUUGGUUUAUGACAUCUUUAGACUACUUAUAAUACAUUUUAAAGAGUUUGAUUUGCUUCAUUUCAAAUUUCCUGCUACAAGAGUGAAAGUAGGAAGGGUAUUUUCGUCUACACAAUCAAUUUUUUAUUUCAUAUAAAAAAAAUAUCAAUGCUAGGAUUUGAACCGUGGUAUCUUCCAUCAAAGACAAAAAUUACAACCAAUUAGACUAGACACAUUUGUUGUACUUAAUUAAUACAAAACAUUGAUGAAG